UGCAGCCUGGGUGACAGAGUCAGACACUGCCUCAAAGGAAGAAAAAGCAAACAUACCUCAAAUUAUGUCUGCAAAAUAAAAGACUUCUGAAUGGAACACAGAGAAAGCCUCUAAGAUGGCCCCAGGGGAGUGUUAACAUGUCUAGCCUGAUUAAUUGGCUAGUUUGGAAAUAACUGUAUCCAAAGUGAGUGACAAGGCAUGGCUGGCUAGUGUCAACUUUGUCCUCAGCUAUAGUUAAAGCAGGCUGGGAGGACUGACUUGUUCGGUCUCAGUAGCAAAAAAGUGCAUGGUGUCUGGAUAAGCAGGUUGUACAGCCUAUUAGAAAAGAAAGGUAACAGGUAACAGUCUUCCUCUAAUACGAUAAGUUAUUUUUUUUAAAGUUCUCCUGUCAAGAUUUUUUAAUACCGGAAUCUGAGAGUGGAGAAAAUUGGGCCAAGGACAGACAAAAGAGCUGGGAGGAAAAUCGACUGUAUUUUUCAACACACAAACAAUGCCAUUUGAAGUACUGGAUUGAGUACAGAAGUAUCAUGAACAUUCCUAAUUUGGUUAGUGUCUAUAUUUCUUAAUAUAGUAAUACUAUUAAUAUCUGUCUCCUAAGUUUGUAUAAAUCCAAACCCCCAUGUUAUUGGCCAGUUGGAAACAAUAAUGUAAACAGACUCUGUUGCCCAAAUUAAGUUAUGUGCACUGAAUGCUUUGUCAAACUGUAACUAUUUUAAUAUUCAUUCUAGCCACAAGUCUUUGCCAAACAAGAUCGCUCUUUUGUUUAGGAGUAGAAUACACAAUAACCUAAUAUUUAAAAGUAUUAUUCAGAAGAAGAACAGCUUGGGAUUGAAUUUUUCUUUAUCAUAAAUUUUAGAUCAUUCUCUUUGCUCUACUCCAUAGAAGACACUAAGAAUUAGAUGGAUCUGCUUCCUCAUUUUAUUGUUUUCUACUUGAUCUAAAAAUCCAGAGGUGGGUUAUAUAGAGAGUUUAUUCAGGAGACUUUGGUAAGGGAGGGAGAAAAAUAAUGUACAAGCUGGAAACUCAUGAAAAAUGUAAACAAUGAGAGCUAGAAGAAUGGAAGCGACAGUGUGCUCAGGAAAUGAUGUGUCAUUCUGUCGGAGUUCAGGGUGCCCUGAAUCCCAUGAGAGUAGCACUGGCUUUCCUGCCCAUUGUGAAGGCAAGGAAUCCGUGUGUUGUCCUAUCAAUUCCAUUCAUGGCAGGGUAGAGAAUUUUCAAAUGGAAGAAAAUGUGCAUUAAAGGACAUUCUUUCUUCGUGGGGUGGGGUAGUGAAGGUGUUGGGGUUGAGGCACUGAGUUGUUUAGGUCAGGUAAACAGUGAGGGGAAAUGGGCAGGCAGUCAAUGGUUAAGUUGGUGUUUUGCAAGCCAUUUCAAGAGGAUACCACAUAAAAUGCAUUCAUCUACAUUUCAUUAAAAAUUAGUUGGUGGGAAAGUGGAAAGCUGAAGGCAAGAACCUUCCAAGUAAAACAGCUUGAUACUUACUCCUUGGCCAGAACACCACUAUAUUUACAAAUAGGGGAUAACAACAUUCACUUCCUAGGGGGUCCAUAAGCUUAACUGGGCAGGCAUAUGACACUUCUGAGCAUUCAAUGUCAUGAUGGAUUUUUAGGUCAAGUAGAAAACAAGAAAAUGAGAAAGCGGAUCAAUCUAAUUCUUAGUGCCUUCUAUGGAGUAGAGCAAAGAGAAUGAUCUAAAAUUUAUGAUAAAGAAAAAUCCAGUCCCAAGCUGUUCUUCCGAAUAAUGCUUUUAAAUAUUAGGUUGUUGCGUAUUCUACUCCUAAAGAAAAAUGAUGCUCCCCUGUCUGAGCAUCAUUUAUGACCAAGAUUGAAAUGAUUUCCCAUGAAGUUCUAAGGUCUCAUCUAACUCAGUGGAUGUAGCUCACGACUUGUUCGUUUGACCCCAGUAUUCUAAUACAAACACCACAGCCGAUGCUGGAAGUGAGAGGAGAGGGGCUCGUUUCAGUGUGGAGCCCAAGGUGCCCCAGCAAUUUCAGACCCCCUGGGACAGGAACUCCUCCUCCAGUAAGCUCUUGUUUUGAAAAACAGUGGGGUGGGGCAAAAAAGCAUUACAAUGGAGCUGGGGUGGAUGAGGCUUUCUUCUAUUUGAGAUGUCGCUUGUGUCAGGUUUCAUGAAACAGCGCAUUGGAAAACAGAAGCUAUUUUCUAUCCCGUGGGUUGCGCUGGAAGAGCCGAGAGGCCAGGCUGUGGAUCCUUGCCACGAACAACAAGAGAGGGCAAGUCCAGCCGCCUGCUAGGGCACUAGCAGGAAGCAGCACGCCUGCCAGAGCUCAUCACUUCAACUCUGGCUUUCACUGCGCUCAUUCCCUGAAUGGCAAUAACCAGGGGGCGGGAGUGGCAUGGGAAAUGAAAGGCAAGAGAUCUGGGAAACUAAAUCUGCCGGGGGGAAAGAGAGUUACCGGAGUUUUAGCCAAACAGCUAGCAGAUGCAAACGGGGAGGCAGAGGGAGGAGGGAAGGCUGGGCUUCAGCAACCUGCCACGGGGAUUUAAACAAAGGAGGUUUGAGAGAGAGGCGGGAUCUGGCUGUAAUAUCGGCACGGGGACAGAGACAGCAGCUGGACUCGCGGGAUGAAGCGGAAUCAAUUCCCAGCGUCUGCAACAGGGCAGGAGUGACUGGAGUAUGUCCCAAAAUAAGAACUCAGGGAAACGAGUGAGUUUGGAACAAAGACUUACAGAUUGUGACGGUCUCUGACAUUUCACCCUUCUUUGAGGCAUGCCUUUAUCAAUGCGUUACCUCUUUGUAAUUUCUGUCUCUAGUGUAAUUAUUUUUAUCGUCUUCUCUGUGUUCAAUUUUGGGGGAGAUCAAAGCUUCCAGAGGCUAAAUAUCUCAGACCCUUUGAUGCUGACUCAAGUUUGCACAUCUUUUAUCAAUGGAAAAACACGUUUCCUGUGGAAAAACAAACUAAUGAUCCAUGAGAAGUCUUCUUGCAAGGAAUACUUGACCCACAGCCACUACAUCACAGCCCCUUUAUCUAAGGAAGAAGAUGACUUUCCCUUGGCGUAUAUAAUGGUCAUCCAUCAUCACUUUGACACCUUUGCAAGGCUCUUCAGGGCUAUUUACAUGCCCCAAAAUAUCUACUGUAUUCAUGUGGAUGAAAAAGCAACAACCGAAUUUAAAGAUGCGGUGGAGCAACUAUUGAGCUGCUUCCCAAACGCUUUUCUGGCUUCCAAGAUGGAACCGGUUGUCUAUGGUGGGAUCUCCAGGCUCCAGGCUGACCUGAACUGCAUCAAAGAUCUUUCUGCCUUGGAGGUCUCAUGGAAGUACGUUAUCAACACCUGUGGGCAAGACUUCCCCCUGAAAACCAACAAGGAAAUAGUUCAGUAUCUGAAAGGAUUUAAAGGUAAAAAUAUCACCCCAGGGGUGCUGCCCCCAGCUCAUGCAAUUGGACGGACUAAAUAUGUCCACCAAGAGCACCUGGGCAAAGAGCUUUCAUAUGUGAUAAGAACAACAGCGUUGAAACCACCUCCCCCCCAUAAUCUCACGAUUUACUUUGGCUCUGCCUAUGUGGCUCUGUCAAGAGAGUUUGCCAACUUUGUUCUGCAUGACCCACGGGCUGUUGCUUUGCUCCAGUGGUCCAAGGACACUUUCAGUCCUGAUGAGCAUUUCUGGGUGACACUCAAUAGGAUUCCAGGUGUUCCUGGCUCUAUGCCAAAUGCAUCCUGGACUGGAAACCUCAGAGCUAUAAAGUGGAGUGACAUGGAAGACAGUCACGGAGGCUGUCACGGCCACUAUGUACAUGGUAUUUGUAUCUAUGGAAACGGAGACUUAAAGUGGCUGGUUAAUUCACCAAGCCUGUUUGCUAACAAGUUUGAGCUUAAUACCUACCCCCUUACCGUGGAAUGCCUAGAACUGAGGCAUCGCGAAAGAACCCUCAAUCAGAGCGAAACUGCGAUACAACCCAGCUGGUAUUUUUGAGCUAUUCAUGAGCUACUCAUGACUGAAGGGAAAUGGCAGUUGGGAAGAGGAGCCUGUUUUUGUGAGAUACUUUUGCCUUCGUAAUGUUAAUGGUUUCAGGACGUUUAUAGCUUCAGGACCUGGCAAAUAAUUAUACUUAAAAUGUCCACUGGACACUGUGAAAUACACUAACAGGAUGGCUGGGUAGAGCAAUCCGGGCACUUUGGCCAGUUUUAGUCUUGCUGUUUCUUGAUGCUCAGCUUUAUAUUAGUUUAUUGUUAGGAUCAACAAUAAUUUUAAAUGACCUCAGAUCUUUGAACCAGAUACUCAUAUUCGAAUGUUCCAAUAAAAAAGAGAAUUGUAGAUAAUACUAUCUAAGAAACUAAGAAUUAGGUUUCUUUGAAGAAGGAAUCUUUUAUAACACAUUAACUGUCACCACUGUGCUCAACCAGACAGAUACUGAAACAGCUUUCUGGGUAAUUCACCAAUUUCCUUUAAAACAUAAGCUACCUGAAUGGAGAAUAGAUCUUGUUUCUGAGUUUCAACACUAGCAUUUUUGGUUUACUCAUGGCCAAAUCUCUGUAUAUAGUAUAAAGUCAUUAACAAGAAACAGGAUAUGCUUUAAGACAGAAUUCACUGUCUGUUGCUUCAGUAAAAGGACCUCGGGGAAAUAGAACAUUUCUCUCUUAUAUGCCAGAAUGUAGGCUGGUCGCUAUGUCAUGUCUUCCAUUGAGAACACUAAAAAGUCCUUGCAAGAAUGGAGAUAUGCAUUCAAGAGAGGUGCUAUCACAUAGAUCUAGUCUGAAGUCUGGAACACUUUCCUCUUCUGUGAUUCCCCCCUCUCCCUGAUAUUCUCUUACUUGCAAAAUAGAGACCAAAUUCUAUCCUGUGAGGCUUUUAAUUGAACUAUAGUAUGCUCUGAGUAGCUUUACAAUGCCUGGUACUGAUAGUAGUGGCUCGAUUUUUAAGAGCCUUCAAUUGUAGAUGAGCAUCUCUGUUAUUUAUCCCUCAUCCAUCCAUCCAUUCAUUCAUUCAGCCUACAUUCAAUAAACAUUUCUUGAGUGUCUCUUAUGCACAGGACAUGUACUGAAACAAAAAGGAAACACAAGAGCUUUUUCACUCUAAAAAUCUUGGCAAUAAUGUCAACACCGGAAAGCCUCCUCUGGAGAAUCUUGCAGAGUGAUUGUAGUUUAAUACAGGAACGCACAGGGCUGUGUAGCAUGAUACCAGACCCAGGAGAUCAGUAAUUACAAAUUAAGGGUUAAAUCAGAGAUUAUUCAACAGAGAGGGAGAAAGGAGGAGACGGAGAGAGGGCCUGUUGUGUUCCAGCCAUUCUGGUAUUCCUUUAUGUAUCUAAUUUCAUUCAAACCUCACAACAGUCUUCUGAGGACCUUAUAUAAUUACUCCCAUUUUGCAGAUGAAGUAACUGAGGCUUAGAAAGGUAAUAGCACCAGGGAACAAUUUCUCCGUGUGAGAAUUAGGACUCUGUUACUGGUCUUCUCGGUUCAUUUCCUGAGGUGGAUUUACUGAGAGAAGGUGAAAUAAAGCCAUAUUUAGUAUACCAGAGAGGGUAGAUUUUAAGAAUGGUCUCAGUGUUAAUAUUGAGAAGAACUCCUGUCAGCUCAGAAAAAAUGUGAAGUCUACUUUACUACUCCUGUAAUACUAAACCGUUGUUUCUAAAUAUUUAUUUAUUCUAACAAAAAGCAGUUACUACAAUGGAUGACACAUUUAAUGAACAAUUUUAUUUUUUUUCUAUAACUGUGCCUGUUGAAUGUCAAUCAUAUUUAAAGGGAAUGACUUUUAAGUAAAACCUUUUUUCUUGCUACUGAAAAAAAUGGAAUUGUUUUGGGUGGUAAAGAGUUAAGGAAUAGGGAAGGCUGGUCACAUAAGCAACCCUCAAAGGCCACAUGUAGAGAGGCCAGCCCCGCUAAGGUGGCCAGAGUGGGCUCCAAGCACAAAUUACCAUUGCUAUAGAUGGGACUGUGUCCCCGCAAAAUUCAUGUGUUGGAGCCCUAACCCUCAAUGUGAUGGUAUUUGAGAUGGGGACUUUGGUAAGGGAAGUUUAGAUGAAGUCACGAGUGUGGGAUCCUCAUGAUGGGAUGAGUCCCCUUAUAAGAGCUCUGGCUUGGGCCAGGCGCGGUGGCUCACGCCUGUAAUCCCAACAGUUUGGGAGGCCGAGGCAGGUGGAUCACUUGAUGCCAGGAGUUCCAGACCAGCCUGGCCAAUAUGGUGAAACCCUAUCUCUACUAAAAAAUAUAAAAACUAGCUGGGCUUAGUGGCAUGUGCCUAUUUGGCAGGCUGAGGCAUGAGAAUCGCUUGAACCCAGGAGGUGGAGGUUGCAGUGAACUGAGAGCGCCCCACUGCACUCCAGCCUGGGUGACAGAGCGAGACUUUGUCUCAAAACAAAAUAGGUGGGGGGAUAGGGAGUGCACUCAGGGUCAGCAGUGAAAUUUAAAAAUUGUCUCUUUUCAACUUAUUUCAAUGACAGCACCUGAGAAGAAGAAACGUUUUUUACACUGGAUGUUUCUCAUGUAGAAUGAGAAAUCUUUCUGGAAUUGAUGUUUACAUGCAUGUUGUUGGUCAUCUCUCUUAUGUCUUAAACACUUUAAUGUUGGAAGAGCAUGGUGUUUGGGCUAGUGGAUUUCUGACAGCCAUGGGAAUGCCCUGAAACUACUGUAUCUGAUGUUUGUUUUCGAUGAGGUUCCGUGUUUUGUUUUCUUGGGAAUAAAUUAAUAUAUUGUUUUCCA